AUGGUUCCUCCGCCUCCAGCACGCACCGACGACGACGACGACCCACCCACGGACUGGCUGGGCGACCUGCCGCCGGAGCUGCACCUCCGCAUCCUCGAGGGCGUCGACGACUUCUCCGACUGCGCCGCCUUCAGCCUCGCGUCGCCGCGCCUCGGCCUCGCGCUUCGCAGCGGCCUGGCGCGCUUCAAGGACCCUCUCUUCGCCGUGGCGAUGCGGCUGCUUCUCAUCGAGCGUUUGAUUGCCGGAUCGUUCGUCGGGUCGUCCAUCAUACGGCCGACGCUUUGCGAGGCCAGCCUUCGCGCCUACGCCGCCGACCGCCGCGCCACCGCCGACCACUUCCCGUGGCUUGCGAGGGUGAGCCCGGCGCUCUGCCUGUCGGCAGUAGAAGGCGCUGACGAGCAACGCGCCGAGACGUGGGCGCUGCGACGCGGCGAAGAGCGGGGCGCUGAUCUGCGGGUGCGUAUCUUGAGGAGUGGCCUGGUGCAGCACUUCGAGGGCGAGCGAGACGCGGAGCGGAUGGUGCGCACUGAGUUUGCCGACGGCGUGGUGCACUACUACGAGGGCGAGAAAGGCGCGGAGCGGGGCGUGCGCACGGAGUUCCCAUGCGGCAAAGUGCAGUACUACGAGGGCGAGCGAGGCGCAGAGCGGAUGGUGCGCGCGGAGUUUGCCGACGGCGAAGUGCAGCACUUCGAGGGCGAGCAAGACGCGGAGCGGGUGGUGCGCAGGGAGUUCGCCGACGGCACUGUGCAGUACUUCGAGGGCGAGCAAGGUGCGGAGCGGGUGGUGCGCAGGGAGUUUGCCGACGGCACUGUGCAGCACUUCGAGGGCGAGCGAGGUGCGGAGCGGGCGGUGCGCGCGGUGCGUGCCGAUGGCGCCGUGCAGCACUUCGAGGGCGAGCAAGGUGCGGAGCGGACGGUGCGUGCGGAGUUUCCCGACGGCAUCGUGCAGUACUACGAGGGCGAGCGAGGUGCGGAGCGGGUGGUGCGCAUGGAGUUUCCCGCGGCAACGUGCAGCACUACGAGGGAGAGCGAGAUGGGGAGCGGAUGGUGCGCGUCGACGCCGCCUCGGGUCUAA